CUAUGUUUACACUGAGUAACAUAACCUCUACUCUGCACUAGUAGGAUUCACUGAAAUUUUUAAUAAUUCUCUAAGAAUUUGACUUUAUUUCUAGUUCUAAUUGUUUUGCCAAGAAAAAGUAAAAGCUCUGAUCCCCGUGGUGUGUAUAGUUUUGUAGUUAUCCCUGGUUUUUUUUAGCAUCUGGCCAAUUGAUAAUACGUGAAACAGGUGAAACUGCCUUUUACUUGGCCUUUAGUUUGUGUAUCUGUUGAUCAUCUCGCAGCAUUGCAGACUUAAUCAAAAUCACAGGCGUACCUUAGCCGGCAGCGGAGGAACAUGUCUUGCCUUAAUGAGCUAACUACUUGUCUUAUACCAUCUCCAGGCACUGAUAGUGUUAACAUUGAUGCCCCUGUCCAGGAUGAAAUGUCCAACAGACUAGCAGAAGAAGCAGAUAUUUCAAAUGGUCCAGGACUGGUUCUAAUAAAAGCAGAGUUGGAUGCUAUGAGUGAUGUCGAUUCUAACGAGUCUGGUUCAGUAGCUGAUGAAGAUCCUCUAUUCCAAGACACUCCAGUUAGUGCUGCUUUUGUAACCGAUCAAAUAGCAAAUUUGGACAAUGAAGAAAACAUGAGAUCCUCAUACUGUCACAAAUGUCAAACCGAUUUUGGCAGUAUUGACCGGCUGAUGAAGCAUUUAGCAUUUUAUGCAAAGCAAGCCCCUUUUGCAUGUCCUGUUUGUCAUAAAGCAUAUCUGAAGGAUGAAAUCUUGCGAGAACAUUCUCGAGUACAUGUUGCUGAAAAGGCAUUUCGAUGUAAGUUCUGUAAUUUUUCUUUCGACUUGGAAGAAGAGCUAGCUCAACACAUUUUGUCACAUAAUUUAUCAGAGCCCCAAAUGUUUUUAUGUCAAAUUUGUAAUCGUUACUUCAAAGAUUAUUACUAUUUUAAAAACCAUGUCCGUGGACAUUCAAAGGAAAAACAAAUUUUUACUUGCUCAGUUUGUAAAAGAGAAUAUCAGUCUCGGAGGCGUUACAAAUCACACUUGAAGCUCCAUCUAGAAAACUGUCUAGCAUGUGAAGUGUGCAAUAAACGUUUUGCAAAUGAACGGAAAUUGAAAUUGCACAUGGAUGGACAUGAUGGAAUCAAACCCUUUACCUGUGAACAGUGUGAUAAAGCAUUUAUGAACCCUUAUUAUUACAAAGUUCACUUGCAGUCCCAUAUAGAUGGAAAAGCUUAUGCCUGUGAUGUCUGUGGGAAAGCAUAUACCAGUAGUUUGACACUAAAGAGGCAUGUGAAAACACACACUCGGUCAAAAGAAUGGUUUUGUGAAACCUGUGGUAAAUCGUACAGCUGCAAAUCCUCAUUACAGAUACAUGCAGCUACUCAUUUAGAGGAAAAGCCUUUUAAAUGUCAACAGUGUCCCAAAGCAUACACGCAACGAACAGCACUUCGUUUACAUGUGGAUUCUGUUCAUUCGUCUGAGCGUCCUUUUGUCUGUGAAAUAUGCUCCAAAAAUUUUUCUUGCGUUGCUUCCUUGAAACGGCAUCAUUUCACCCAUUCUGAAAAAAAGCCAUAUCAGUGCGGGUUGUGUGAAAAAAAUUUUGUACAAGGUACGCAGUUGAGAUCUCACUUAGUCACUGCGCAUGGUGACAACAAACAGUUUAGUUGUGAUGUUUGCUCAAAAUUUUUCACCAGAAAGCAGCAUCUGACAUCUCACCAAGAGCGAGUGCAUCUAAAUUUACGCCCGUAUAAAUGUAAAGAAUGUGAUAAAAUUUACAAAACCAAGCAGAAUGCUGUCAAACACAUUCAAAAGCACCACCCAAACAAAGAUGUGGACUCUUUACUUGCUCAAGAAGAGAAGGAUGACGAUUUGAAUGAGGAAGAAGAAAUCAAAGAUGAUGACCCUGUUAGAGAUGAUGACACUGUUAGAGAUGAUAACACUGUUAGAGAUGAUGACACAGUCAGAGAUGAUGACACUGUUAGAGAUGAUGACACAGUCAGAGAGUUUAAAAUUAAAGUGGAAAAUUUCAAUUCAUAGUUAAUGCUUUGUCAAAGAAUAAUCUCUUUUUUUUUUUCAAGUUGCUACCUUGUAGACAAAGACUGAGUAAUUUUUCAUGAAAUAUUUUUUUUAUUGAUAUCUUUGAUUCACCAAUUUAUUUGUUGUUUACUUUAAAUAUUAUAUUUGUUAACCAGUUUUACUUUUUAUCAGGUAUGCUGUUUUGUUUUACCUAGUUUUAAUUAGAAAAUCUUUGAGAUUUAAUUUGAAUAUUGACUAAAUUGAUUAUGUAUUUUAUCUCGCUUUUGCAAAAGGAAAGUCAUAAAAAUACAGCCGUUUUUCAAGACUGUAAUAUGUCCUUCAUUUUUUCAGUAAAUUUGACAUGAUUCUAGAAAAAAAAGAAGGAAAUUUUCAUCCUUAAAAGUUCAGCUGUACUUUAAAGAAUUUGAAGCAAUUGCCAGUUCAGAAUUGUCAGCACUAUCCUUCAGAAUCACUCAUUCCAAAAUUAUAGAAAAUUUAACAUUUUUUUUACAAUGGACCUCUUUUGACACAGUAUUUUAAAAUUUGGAAUGAGAAAUGUUGAUCAUGAAAGCUUAAAAUGAUUUUGCAUUCAUUUCAAUGAAUUAAGGGAGUCUUCUUCAGGAAACGCGCUUUGAAGUCCUGCUUACUAUCUAUGGCAGAGACAAUGUCCUGAAAAAAUCCAGUCGGUCGCUGUUGCACAGCACCUUUUUUUCAGCUUAUCAGAAGGUUUUUUCCCCCUCUUUCUUUUUAUGUGUUGAAAGUGAAGAUUUAUCAAUCUUACUUUUUUUUUCUGCUCUGCUUUUAAUAGUUGGUCAUCAAGUAUUUGUUUGUCAUGAUAUUUGUUCAUUUGCUAGUCAGCUUGACUUUAAUUUUAUGGUAUCAGAUCCACUAUUACAUUUUUACUAAUGAAUCAUUUCAUUGUGAUCAUAUUUAGCAAUUAAGAAAAUCAUGUUAUGAAUUAGUGAAAUUAAAUUUGUGAUAAUUUGGCAUUCA